AUGUCCUUCCGGCUUCUUGACCUAGCGGAUGAGUUGAUACUGGCCAUUGCGCAGACAACACCCAUAUCAGACUUGCUACGACUGCGUCUUUCAUGCGGAAAACUGUAUGAGAUUUGCGACUUUCCAUUGAAGGAGCGCCGUCAUAGACUCUAUCUCCAUCCACGGAGUCUCUACUUUGCAAUAGAUGUCUGCGAUGUGCCUGCAUGGUCGAGGGAUAUUACAGAGAUCGUAAUUUUGGGGAACUCGGAAUCAACUAUGACCACAAGGGAAUCUCACCAGUUCCCAGACUGCCGGCUCGACUACCAUCCCUGGUCGCAGUUCCCUCCCACCGCCCAGGGAGAACGCAUGCUGGAGUACAGCGAACUGGUCGCCGCAGAGUUCAACAGCUUCGAGCAGAACUACGUCACGCUUGUUGAUGCAUUGGGAAAGCUGCCUCGUAUGCGAACGAUCAGGUACGCAGCCAAAGCUAUCGAGCCCGGCUUCUGCAGCGUAACUCCGGGUACUGUCAUGGCUCAUGCAAUGCAACGCGAUCUGUGGAGGAACUCGUUUGGCAAUCCUGACCAGCCGCAGAUGCGUGCCGCUCUCAGAACAGUCUGGUGGUCAGACGCUGAAGUCUGUUCCGGUCUUCUCGCAUGCUUUCCCCAUAAGUUUGCCGAGAUAAUUAUUGAGCAACCAAUGCCUGCGGUAAGGAGUGUAGGCUAUCGUUCGGAUUUUGGACCUACACUCAAGCCGGUUCCCUCUUUCACCGGGGUAACGAGCGUGCGAUACACGGCUCCCGGUCCAGAAGGUUGGAUCGCAUUCGUGAGAAAGAUGCUUGAGAAUAUGCCGGCUUUACAGAGCCUAGAGAUUGACAUAAGGAGUGCGAGGUACGAGAGGUCCUUGUCGUCAGAUCCAACGCAAGUGCAUUCAAGUCAUCCUUGGGAAGAAGAUAUUGACUUGUCUUGGAAUCCGUCUCCAAUAAUCUGUCCGAAACAAUCGCCACUCCUCCAAGAGGUCAUGGUUCGGGGCCCACGAGGCACGCCGUUUACUGUCGUUGACGAGUCUCUAACUACGGCCUUGCAGACAUACAGGGAGAAUGGAUUCAAGCUCUCUGUGACCCAGCCUAAAGCUUCGAAUCCCGGCCAUGGCUCACUGCAACAGAUCGCGACAGCAACAUUGUCCAGGAGUAUCGGUAGAACAGGCUGA